AUGAAUACGUUCGAUUUUUGCUACACUCUACUGGUCGGUGCUGCGGUUCUGCUGCUCGUUGCUGACGAUGCAAUUGCCGGAAGGGAUUUCUACAAAAUUCUAGGAAUCCGAAAAACAGCUAGCAAAAAUGAAAUUAAAAAAGCCUAUCGAACACUAGCGAAAGAGCUACAUCCCGACAAAAACAAAGACGAUCCGGAUGCAUCGCAAAAGUUUCAAGACUUGGGUGCCGCCUACGAGGUACUGUCCGAUGACGACAAACGAAAGCUUUACGAUCGGUGUGGAGAGGAGUGCGUGAAGAAGGAAGGCAUGAUGGACAACACGGAUCCGUUCGCACAGUUUUUCGGUGACUUUGGGUUCGGGUUCGGUGGCCAGGAGCAGCGUGAAACGCCUCGCGGUGCUAACAUUGUGAUGGACCUGCACGUCACGCUGGAGGAGCUGUACAGUGGGAACUUUGUGGAGAUUACGCGCAACAAACCGGUGAUGAAACCUGCGUCCGGUACGCGGAAAUGCAACUGUCGGCAGGAAAUGGUGACACGUAACCUUGGACCGGGCCGGUUCCAGAUGAUGCAACAAACGGUCUGUGACGAAUGUCCGAACGUGAAGCUCGUCAACGAGGAGCGCACGAUCGAGAUCGAGAUCGAACCCGGCAUGGAGGAUGGUCAGGAGACACGAUUCUCCGGCGAAGGUGAACCCCACAUGGACGGUGAUCCGGGUGAUUUGAUGCUGAAGAUUAAAACCGUCCCGCAUGCCCGGUUUGAACGGCGCGGUGACGAUCUGUACACGAACAUCACGAUCAGCUUACAGGAUGCGUUGGUCGGGUUUACGCUGGACAUAGUGCACCUGGACGGGCAUAAGGUGACGGUAACGCGGGAAAAGGUAACUUGGCCCGGUGCGAGAAUACGCAAGAAUGGGGAAGGAAUGCCCAACUACGAGAACAACAACCUCCACGGUACGCUGUACAUAACGUUUGAUGUCGAGUUCCCGAAAUCGCAGCUAACCGAUACGGAAAAAGAAGAUAUUAAGAACCUUCUUAAUCAACCCUCGAACAACCGGGUCUACAAUGGGCUUAGAUACUCAUAA